AUGCGCGGUGCGACGCGUCGAGGCGUCGCCGUCGCGGGAUGGGGGGCGAACGCGAGCAGGAAAAGCACGCGAGAGGGACGAGCGACGUCGUCGAAAUCGAAGACAUCGUCGUCGCGCGCGCGCGUCUCGUCGUUGUUGUGCCUCAUCUUGUUUGCGCUCGUUUGGAAAACGACGCGACGGGAAGCGACGACGCAACCGACGCGACGGGAAGCGACGACGCAACCGACGCGACGGGAAGCGACGACGCAACCGACGCGACGGGGAGCGAUGUCUGCGGAGAGAUUCACGAAAUGUGACGCGCUCGUUGCGUCCUGGACGAAGAAGCAGCGACGCGCGCACGAGCAAAGGAUGGAGGCUCGUUACAGUCGAGGCGAUUUUCUCUUCUUCUUGCACGUACCGCGCACGGCUGGGCGUAGUUUUCAUUUUUGCUUUCUCAAACCAGCGUUCGAGACGAGCGAUCUUUGCGGAAAUCAAUACAUGGGAGUGACAAUCGAUCCAAGCCAUCCAAAGUGCAAGUUCUUAGCGACUCACGAUGACUAUAGCCUGGUCGAACGGUUCGAAGCGCAGCCGCGCAUGGUGGUCAUGCUGCGCAAACCGUCGCGGCGCGUGUUGAGCGCGUACGAGUUUUCAAUCGAAGUCGCCGCUCGGAGUUUUGGAACUAAUCCAAAAAAAAUUGAAAAGCGCGUCCAGACGCGCCAAGUCUGGCCGUGGAGCACGCUCACGACUCACAUUGACGGUGAGCUGCGCGGGUACGACGAGGCCAUCAAGGCGAAUCAAAGCAAGAUAGCGAUCUCCGACGUGUACGAUAAUGAACUGUACACACCUUUCGCGGAGUGGAUCGAGAUGGAAAUGGUCCACAACGACGUGCACAACGGCCAAUUCUUUCAAGUGCUGGGUUUGUCGAACAACACGGAUGCGGAAAUGGAGCCGCGAGCGAACGAGUUGCGUGCGUGCGCUCUUCGCAGAGACACUCCGGCGUCGCAGGCGCUGAUGGAGUACGCGAAAGAGCGUUUAGAGCGAGAAAUCGACGUGGUUGCGCUACACGAACGUCUCGCAGAUUCUAUCUCGCUCGCCGCGAAGACAUUGAAUAUACCGCUAAACGCGAGCGCGCAUUUUGUUCAUCCGGCGCACGCUGACGUCGCCACUCUGAGUGAAAGGUUAUCAAAGAGACUGGGCGAUCACGCAUCGAGCGAAAGUGAGAAGGUAGAAGUAAUUGGUUUCGUGUUUCGCUUUCGCAACGUGAAGACAACAGAUUUGGCAAAAGUUAGCUUCCGCGAGUCGUACGUGGACGCGUUGCGCCGCGGCGUAUCGAUGAAAUGCGGCGUCGACGUAGAUGCCGUGCGCAUUCAUCCUAUGAGUCCGGAAGGGGAUUGGUCGAGAGAAUUUAACGGGUUUCACAUGAUGACAGUCACUUUCAAGACGCGCGACGCUGUUGCGCAAAGCUCAGCCGCAGCGAGUGAGCCGUACGACGACAUGACAGAGGACCCUGACGCGUUGUACGACGCGCUCAAAGUCGGCGACGCGGAAUUUUUUCAAAACGUCAUCGCAAUCAACGUCAAAGUCGACCAAAGUUACGGUGAAUUUGAGUUGAGCUCGUACGGUCGAAUCGAUGGAACCAGCGCAAAGGCAACGACGGCGAUGGCGCAUCCCAUCUCUCGCACUGUAGGAGAGCAGUAUAGGGUGUGCGAGAGCGGCCAGUUUCGGAAGUACGCCCGGCUUCGAGCGAAUGCGUUGAAGCACAUCACGGAGAAAAUUCACGGCGCGUACGAGACUUUCAGCGAUCUGGGAAGGAAUCGCAUAUCUCGAAAACUUAUCAAACGGGUCGACGAUUUGAACUUCCUCGACUACGAACUUUGGAAGUUCGCGGAGGAGUUGUUUGAGAAACGUUUUAGAAACGAGAACGACGCGCAUUCGCUCAGUACGCUACCACCGGCGGAGAGAAUCGAAAAGACGAUGUAG